GAGAGGCGCCUGGACUCGCCCGGCUGCGAGCGACAGGGCACUCAGCCGCAGUGCUGUAGUAGCUGGCGGCCGGGAGCCACGCUCGGAGCUGCCAGGCCCCCGGGGCAAAGGCGCAAGCGGGCACAGCUGCUGGCAUCCAGCCCCGCCGCCUGCUGCCCGCGGCGCCCACUCGGGCUGCCGGCGCCUCCCCCGAGAGGGCUCUGCGGGCGGGAAGACGCCAGCUUCGGUCCCCCUUCUCUCAGUUCCGCUGUCCUCCCAAGUAAGGGAAUAAGCCGCGAGGAAGGAGCGCCCAGGGCAACGGCGCAAACCAGGGUUGUCUGGGAGGAAGACUCAGGAUUUCCGGAUCUUCCUAACCACAGAAAGGAAGAUGUUGCCUGAGGAAUAGAGCAAGUGUGUACUCACCUGUUGCUGCCAAGGACUUGUGGGGGCUCUGAGAAAUCUCCUGACAGUGUAGCCACUGUAUAUUUGCAAUGAAUCAGAGCCUAGGCUGGGCUUCCCUCUGAUAAACAGAGCUCCAGUCCUGGCCGAGGCUUUCAGCCCCUACCAAGUGCAAAUAUGAGUGAAGAACUGUGGGUGUCUCUCACUGCAGAAGAAUUUGACCAGCUCCAGAAGUACUCUGAGUAUUCCUCCAAGAAGAUUAAGGAUGUCUUGGCUGAAUUUAGUGAAGGUGGAAGCCUCAAACAGUAUGACCCACGUGAGCCGAUUAGCUAUGAUGUCUUCAAGCUGUUCAUGAGAUCGUACCUGGAGGUGGAUCUUCCUCAGCCACUGAGCACACAUCUCUUCCUGGCCUUCAGCCAGAAGCCCAGGCAGGAGAACCCAGACAACCCCAAGGAGGGGACCAGCAGCCAUGAGCCCAAUGGUUCAGAUUCUGAUAUACAGAACGUAGAUAACGCUGCCAAAGCUGAUGAGGCCUGUGCCCCUGAUGCUGAACCCAAGAUGGCUGGGAAGCAAGUCCCAGCUGACAACCAGGUGCCUGCGACCUCACUGGGAGCCCCUGCCGUUCAGUCUUCAAGCUCAGAACUGCCCACUGUGUUCCUGAAAGAUGUGGUGUGUUACCUGUCCCUGCUGGAGACAGGAAGACCUCAGGAUAAACUGGAGUUCAUGUUUCGACUCUAUGAUUCGGAUGAAAAUGGCCUCCUGGACCAAGCGGAGAUGGAUUGCAUUGUCAACCAAAUGCUCCACGUUGCUCAGUACCUGGAGUGGGAUCCCACGGAGCUAAGGCCUAUACUGAAGGAGAUGCUGCAAGGGAUGGACUACGACCGGGAUGGCUUUGUGUCUCUGCAGGAGUGGGUCCAUGGAGGGAUGACCACCAUCCCGCUGCUGGUCCUCCUGGGAAUGGAUGACUCUGGCUCCAAAGGUGAUGGGAGGCACGCCUGGACCAUGAAGCAUUUCAAGAAGCCAACCUACUGCAACUUGUGCCACGUCAUGCUCAUGGGUGUGCGGAAGCAAGGCCUCUGCUGCGUUUACUGUAAAUACACUGUCCACGAACGCUGUGUCUCCAAAAACAUCCCUGCGUGUGUCAAAACCUACUCAAAAACCAAAAAGGGAGGCGAGGUGAUGCAGCACGCGUGGGUGGAAGGGAACUCCUCCGUCAAGUGUGACCGGUGCCACAAAAGUAUCAAGUGCUACCAGAGUGUCACCGCGCGGCACUGCGUUUGGUGCCGGAUGACGUUUCACCGCAAGUGUGAGUUAUCCACGGUGUGUGAUGGAGGGGAACUCAGAGACCAUAUUUUGCUGCCCACCUCAAUAUGCCCUGUCACCCGGGACAGGCAAGGUGGAAAGUCAGAUGGCAGCGUAUCCGCCAAGGGCGAACUUGUAACCCAGUACAAGAUCAUCCCUACCCCAGGAACACACCCCCUACUGGUCUUGGUGAACCCCAAGAGCGGGGGGAGACAAGGAGAAAGAAUUCUCCGGAAAUUCCACUAUCUGCUCAACCCCAAACAAGUUUUCAACCUGGACAACGGGGGACCCACUCCAGGAUUGAACUUUUUCCGAGAUACUCCCGACUUCCGUGUUUUGGCCUGCGGUGGAGACGGGACAGUUGGCUGGAUUUUGGAUUGCAUUGACAAGGCCAACUUGACAAAGCAUCCGCCAGUGGCCGUCCUCCCUCUUGGAACCGGAAAUGACCUUGCCCGGUGUCUCCGCUGGGGAGGAGGGUAUGAAGGGGGCAGCUUGACAAAGAUCCUGAAGGAUAUCGAACAAAGUCCCUUGGUGAUGCUGGACCGUUGGCAUCUUGAGGUCCUCCCCAGAGAGGAGGUGGGGAAUGGAGACCAGGUCCCAUACAGCAUCAUGAACAACUACUUCUCCAUCGGCGUGGAUGCUUCCAUUGCUCACAGAUUCCACAUAAUGAGAGAGAAACACCCUGAAAAAUUCAACAGCAGGAUGAAGAACAAGCUGUGGUACUUUGAGUUUGGCACCUCAGAGACCUUUGCAGCCACCUGCAAGAAACUCCAUGAUCACAUAGAGUUGGAGUGCGAUGGGGUUGCAGUGGACCUGAGCAAUGUCUUCCUCGAAGGAAUUGCUAUUCUCAACAUCCCCAGCAUGUACGGAGGCACCAAUCUCUGGGGAGAAACGAAGAAGAACCGGGCUGUGAUCCGGGAAUGCAGAAAGGGUAUCACCGACCCUAAGGAACUGAAACUGUGUGUCCAAGACCUGAGUGACCAGCUGCUGGAAGUGGUGGGGCUGGAGGGAGCCAUGGAGAUGGGACAGAUCUACACUGGCCUAAAGAGUGCAGGCAGGAGACUGGCACAGUGCUCCUCCGUCACCAUCAGGACUAACAAGCUGCUGCCGAUGCAAGUGGAUGGGGAGCCAUGGAUGCAGCCCUGUUGCACGAUUAAAAUUACGCACAAGAACCAAGCACCCAUGAUGAUGGGGCCUCCCCAGAAGAGCAGCUUCUUUUCCCUGAGAAGGAAGAGUCGCUCCAAAGACUAAUCCGUAUGCCAGAUGCCAGCUAAUCCCGGAGAAAAAAAAAAGUAACUGUAAUUAUACACACACACACACACACACACACACACACACACACACAAUCCAUUGGAAGUAAAGCCACCCUGCAGGAAGAAAACGUCACCUUGCCAUGCAUUCUACAUAUUUUAAUUGUGGAUGUGCCAUCGCCAACAGAACUUUUUGAGUGGACUCCCAGGGCGUGGCUGGCUUAUGCAGCUGCUUCCACAUUCCUACAGACCUUGAAUCAACGUUCUGAAACUGAAGAGGAAGUCUCCCUUGCCUUCUACCAGCCCUGCAAGUUGUCCUCACAGGUGCUUGUGAGGGGCAGCCUGCAGCUUUCCCGACCUAUGGCAAGAUCGGAUGUGGUCAGGGGCCAGGGCUGCGCUUGUACAGGACUUGCACAAAGGCCCCUCUGUCCUGAGCCGAGCCGGCCUGCAGCUCUCAGCACCUCGUCCUUGGCAGGGCUCAGCAAGCAUCCCGUGGUUUCUUGGGGAGCCUCUAAGCGACCACUUCUCUGUGGACUUGCUGAGGAGGCAGAGAGGCUGUGGAAAGCUGUGUUUGCAUGCCUGGUCAUCUGUGCUAUCACCAGGUGCUUGUUAUCUCCCUCGCUCCCACCCUCCAAGUCUUCUCUGGAGGCUGUGUUUGUGUGUGUGUGUUUGAAGCCGGCUCUAAGAGCCCCCAGAGCUGCCUGUGCAGGGCACCUCAGAUGUGGUGUUUAUUUUCUUAGUCCUGUGAACACCUGGGAGGGAAAGCAGAGAAACUGGGAUUUAUUUUUCAAACCAUGUCAUAAUAUUGUGUAAAAGGGGAAGAGAGAAAAAAAUACCACCCCCAGCUUCUUUCUUUUUCAAGCCAAAGCGUGUUUCCUGUUGGAGUUCCAAGCCCUGGUGGCAGACCGUUGCCCAGGCAGAGGAGACACAUGGGAAGGGACUUUGUUGGGGAAACCCGGAGACCACGCAUCAGAUGGGGGCUCCUUUUGUUUCUUUGCACUGCCACUCUCAGAGUGGGAUCCACAGCUCCUUCUGAUGGGCUAAUGUGUGUAUAUAUGUAGCAUAUAUAUUUAUACAUAUAAAUAUUUAUUUACUGAUGGACUUUUCCAGACUGGGGGAGAAAACUUGGUAAUAUGGAAACAGUAAAUGGGAAAGAAAAGAAGAUUCUUAUGUCCCCUCUCCUCAUCACCAUUUCAUUGGCAAGACAUUUCCUUGUGGUGAGCAUAGGAUUUAAGGAAAAUGGAAGCAGUCCCUAUCGUAAAGAGAGGGAGAACUUGUAAUCUAAAUCCUCAGAAUAACUAUGAAGUGUAUGCUGGGCAGGAUUUACUGCUCUCCCACUUAUCAGAUAAGGAAGCUGAAUCUAAGAAAGUAAGAGGCUUGUCCGGGUACCUUGGCUCUUGUGGUCUGUGAGUAGGUGUCACCAAGAAGAUGCUUCAUAGAGAGAAGAAUUCACACAACUUAU